CCACGCUUGAAACUCGGCGAAGCAACAUGGCGGGGAGCAGUGGGGCCCACAACGAGUCUCUCGGUUCAGUUGCUGUUCGCACGCUGGGCCCCGUUGGUGUGUUACUCGGCCUUGUCUCAAGUUUCGAAACGAUUUCCAAAAUACCCGUUUACGCCAACUCACGCGACAACGAAAGUAAGAACAGCGCGGAGAGAAAGAGAGUAAGUUUGAUGUAUCGCAUCAGACAUUAACUCUCAAAACGACGCUAUACGUCUUCAUUAUUCUUAUUCCCCUUCCUUUUUUAUCUCUCAAUUUCGUCCUAGUACGUUAACAAGAAUCGAAACAAAUUCGAAACACGCGAUUAACGGGAAAACGGUGACGCAGUGUAAGGUGUAUAAGAAUCGAUAAUUUUUCAUUGAAAUAAACCAGGAGAAAAAGAAGAAAGUUACGACUAAAGAAAGGUUUUGAGCAACGUCUUGCAGGAAGAAAAAAGUCAAUCGGCCAAUAAGCGCGAGCUUCCCGCGCUAUUGGCUCGUGGGAAACAACCACGGAAUCUGUCAGUACGGAUUUUGUCAGUUUUCGGCCUGGAUUAUCGGAAAGAGCUUGCAAGCAAUUAUCGGAAAGAGAGUGCUGAUUAAAAAAAGGAAUACGGUAAUCGACAAUGGCGGUAUUCGGAUUGGUCUCGGCUGUGGCCGGGUUCGUCAAGGUACGGUACUUAGUGGACAAGGCAGUCAUCGAUAACAUGGUGUUCAGGGCGCACUACAGGAUUACCUCCGCGAUCCUGUUUGCCUGUUGUAUUCUCGUUUGUGCUAAUAAUCUAAUAGGUGAUCCGAUAAACUGCCUGAGUGAUGGAGGGGUGCCGGAGAAUGUGAUAAACACAUACUGUUGGAUCACGUACACGUUCACAUUACCACACAACAAUGCAAAACCGGUGGGCACUCAUGUGGCUCACCCUGGGCUCGGCGGUGACAUUGGGGAAAAGAGGUAUCACUCCUACUAUCAGUGGGUGCCCUUCAUGCUCUUCUUCCAAGGUAUUCUAUUCUACAUGCCCCAUUGGAUAUGGAAGCAGUGGGAAGAGGGCAAGGUCAGAAUGAUAUCCGAGGGCAUGAGGGGAGCUCUGCUCGAUAACAAGCCCGAGCGACAGGCAAAGUCCCAACGGUUAGCUAAAUACAUCUCCGACACGUUGCACCUGCACAAUACUUACGCGGCUGGAUACUUCUUCUGCGAGGCCCUCAACUUUGUUAACGUGGUUGGAAAUAUAUUUUUCAUCGACACAUUUCUCGGUGGUGCAUUUCUAUCCUACGGUACGGAUGUACUCAAGUUCAGCAAUAUGAAUCAAGAGCAACGCAGCGAUCCUAUGGUAGAAGUGUUCCCGCGAGUCACCAAGUGUACGUUCCAUAAAUUCGGUGCUUCUGGAACCAUUCAAAAGUUCGAUGCUCUCUGCGUACUUGCCCUGAACAUUCUCAAUGAAAAGAUCUACAUCUUCCUUUGGUUCUGGUUCAUCAUUUUAGCGGUAUUAUCAGGUAUCGCUCUGCUUUAUAGCAUGGCGGUGGUGUUAUUGCCCAGUACACGAGAAACCAUUCUAAGAAAACGAUUCAAAUUUGGCACACCUGCUGGUGUUAGUGCUCUCAUUAGAGAAACACAGGUCGGCGACUUCCUGUUGCUUCAUCUAUUAGGACAGAACAUGAAUAUAAUGAUGUUCAACGAAGUGUUAGACGAGCUAUGUCGUCAGUUGAAUCUCGGAUCGACAAGUGGAGCAUCACCAACAUCAGUGCCAUCAGCGCCCAGCACCCUCGAGAUGUCACCCAUCUAUCCCGAGAUCGAGAAAUACGCGAAAGAUACCGAGAUUUAAUUUCUUACAUCCUAUGAUCUUAUUUCUGCCUUUUAUUUUGCAUUGUGAUAAUGCCGAAGAUGUCUUUUCUGACAUCUUCGGUUUUUUUUUCUGAAACGUUUGUGCUAUUGACAGUUGUAAAAAAAAAAAAAAAAAAAAAAAGAGUACAUGAUAUGUUUAAUCACACGGGCACACGGCAGAAACGAGAUCUUGCCGCCAUUUAUUUUCCAACAAAUGUAUCAACGUACAGAUAAAACUUGCCGUCCGGAAGAUAUAUAGUAAUUAAAUUAAUUUGCCAUAACACGUAUUAUAAAUCUGUCAUUGUGACCGUGUUUUAUACUAUCUAUAGCACAAACCAAUGUUAGAUUAUCAAACGAAUAUGUAAUGUAAACGAUACGCGAUGCUUUCGGCUCGACACGUGUAUAAUCGUUCAAUUCUGUUAAAUUAUAGGAAGCCGAAUUUCACACGCACAAGUGUUCGUCGAUUAUCUCUAAUAUUGCGUAACGUUCGUAUUCGCUAUAGUAACAGAUUGCGUCGUCGAGGCGUGCAACAAUAACACCCGUGAAUGAUCGCUAUGGAAUUUCAAACGGCGCGCGAACGCGGUCAAUUCUUUUUUCCAACGAAAAUCAAUCGUUACGCGUAAAUGUUUGCAUCGAUCGUGUUCCUGGAUUCCUAUUUGCGUUACACGUGCACAUUCCUUUUACAUUAAUUUGUUGUGUGUAUCGUGAUGAAAUAAGUGCCUUUUAGGAAGUGUGUUAAGUUGCGUUUGAUGUUUCAUUUGUCUUUUGAUCGCUGAUAGAGAUACUGCAAUAUUAUUCGUUAAUAAUACCGACAAGUUAUAUUAGGGCUACUUUCGAUUCGUAUUGUUUGUACGAAAAACAAGAACGGAAAGAUCGUGGUAUUGAACAAAUUAUUAUUUUGAAAUAAGCAUAGAAAAGAGACUGUAUAAGUUUUUCUAGAAAUAAUAAAAAUAAAUACGAAGAUCUUCAAAGAUUCAAAUGGUCAAAAGAGCAUUAUAUUUUUUACAUAUUUUUAUAUUUAAUUAUAAAGAUAUUCAAUGCAUAGAAUUUAUGCAGUCUUUAUUUCAAAAAUAUAUUCUGUUCUAUGUAACCUAUAUGAAUGCAGUAGAUAAGAACAAGCAUUUGUUCUUCAACGUUUAGAUAUCUUUCUUUUGUAUCUGCGUAUGACUGGUGCAAUUACCGUAACAAAGUUAGCGUGAAUAAUUUUAUAUUUUAAAAGGUUAUAUAUCAAAUUUUGUUAAAUUUACAUAUAGGGGCAUUCCCAAAUUAUUCAAAGCAAUGUUUAUCAAUGAUUUUCUAUAAAAAAGUUAAGGGUAUA